AACAAGCCGAAUCCGAACUAUGACAAAGCUCGACUCGACUCAUUAACAGCCAUUAGAUGCUUGUCGUCCGUCUUGCUAACAAAAAAAGAAAACAUUCACAGCAAUGUCGUCAAGGCGAAGAAACCCGCCAUUGUUGCUUAUCUUCCUUUCCGUGUCCAUUUCCUUUCUUUUCGUCUCCUCCUCCGCAGCUCCCGAAGCUGAAACUACGACGUUUCAUUUCCGAGCUCCUCGAUUUCAUGAUUUUUCGAGAGCCGGACAUGGCUUAGUGGCGCCAUUCGGCAUAAGACGCCAUCUCGCCGACGGCAACUCGACGGAGGUCGGUGAUGGGAAUAUCAAUCGAGGAAGAAGAAGAUCAACCUCUCCAGAAGUGAAGUGCAGAACAAGAGCUGAAACGCAGGAAUGAAGAAGAAGAAGAACUCACCCAGAAACGAAACGUUUCUGGGUUCCCUCCAUCCAACUUAAAAAAAAAAACUAAUCUUUGGAUUGCCCUCACCUGUUUCAAUGGUUUCUCUCCGUUGGGUUUUCAGUGAUUCCUCAAUCCAUCUCUCACUUUGUGAAAUUAGCUGAUUUUGAUUGACUAAUGCUGCUGGUUCUGUGUUAUGGAUCGACAGUUCUAUAACCAAAAUCUGGGGUAUUGCUGCUUCAACGAGUAAUUGAAUUUUGCUCCUGAAUUGCAGUCUGUGAGUGCUACAGCAGCUCCAUUCUUUCUCGUAGCUGGAGUUUGGUUUGCAGUCUUUGGGAUAUCUCUAGCCUUUACCUGUCUAUGUUAUUGUUGUUGCCCUAGAGAGCCUUAUGGCUACUCUCGAACUUGCUACGCCAUCUCCCUCAUCUUCCCCUUCCUUUUCACCAUUGCAGCAAUUGCUGGAUGUGCUGUUCUGUAUACUGGACAAGGGAAGUUCAUAGGCAUAACAUCAGACACAUUGGAUUAUGUUGUGAGCCAGGCAGAUGUAACAGCCGAAAGCCUCAAGAACGUGUCGGGGUAUCUUGCUGCAGCCAAGUCGGUUGAUGUGGUCAAGAUUUACUUGCCUGCUGAUCUGCGGGGUACACUAGAUAACCUUGUGGCGAAGACCAAUUCGUUCGGGAACACAUUGUCCAGCCGAACUCAGGAUAACAGGAGGAAGAUUAAGGAUGGGUUGAAUGGCGUGAGGUUGGCUCUUGUGAUCCUAGCAGCUGUUAUGCUUUGUUUGGCAUUUCUUGGCUUCUUAUCCUCCGUUUUUGGGAUGACUUGCCUUGUAUACUUCAGCCUGGUGAUUCUAGGAUGGAUCCUUGUUGCUGGUACAUUUAUCUUAUGUGGCGUCUUUCUUUUUCUCCAUAAUGUGGUGGCGGAUACAUGUGUGGCAAUGGACGAAUGGGUCCAGCACCCUACGGCCAAGACGUUCAUGGACGAUAUCCUCCCAUGUGUGGAAAAUGCAAUUGCACACGAAACGUUGGUGCAAUCGAAGCAGGUCUCUUUCCAUCUCAUCAACUUGGUUGACAACUUCCUCGCCAAUUUCUCCAACCGCAACUUCCCCCCAGAACUCGGACCUCCUCUCAACUACAAUCAAUCUGGUCCGUUGGUUCCUCUUCUCUGCAACCCCUUCGACUCCGAUCUCACCGACAAGGACUGCGCUCCUGGUGAAGUCGGCUUCCAUAAUGCUACUGAGGCAUGGAAAUCCUAUGUGUGCCAAGUCUCGAGCGCCGGCACGUGCACAACGCCCGGCCGAAUGACUCCACAGCUGUACUCCCAUAUGGCGUCCGCCGUGAACGUGAGCUACGGACUUUACCGCUACGGACCGUUCCUGGUGGAGUUACAAGACUGCACGUUCAUGAGAAGAACGUUCACUGACAUCAACACUUGGUACUGCCCCGAUCUCCGACGGUACACGCAGUGGAUCUACGUCGGGUUGGUGAUUGUCUCGGCCGCGGUGAUGCUGUCGCUGAUCUUUUGGGUGAUCUACGCCGGAGAGCGCCGCCACCGUGUCUACACCAAGCAGUUCAUGAUUGGUGGUGGAGAUCACAAUAGGCGUCUUGAUCAGUGGCGGAGUAAGGAAUUUUAUGUAGGGGUAUCCCUUUCAAAAAUUAAAUUUAAAAAAUUUAAAAUUUUUUAGAUAAGAUAAUAUCCGACUAGUACAAGUUACUUACAACAAAAGUUCACGAUAUGUUAUCAUAUAUGAGAAAAUUGUAAAAAUACAUUCACUGUCUACACUCUACAGUGCUGAACAAUUAUCUUUGUCUAUAUCCUAUUAGACAACUAUUUGUGAGCUGAUCGCCUAUUCGAUUUCGGCCACGUGGAUAUGAAGUGGCACUGUUACAUGCAAUUAAAAAAAUCACCAAGUUGA